ACGAAUGACUGGUAUCUAGCUAGCUAUCAAACGUAACGUUAACGUUAGUUGUUACAAACUAAGUUAGUUGCCUAAUUUCUCAGAGCAGAAUGGCUAUGCCUGUUGUUAGCUAUGUGACAGUGACAUAACAUUACAAUCCCAAAAAGGAAAAUGCUUAUUAAGUAUGUGAUUGGGGUGUUAGUUUACACUAGUGUAAGAUUCCAUUAAUUCAAGUCCUAACUGUGACAACAGCUGCAAAUGAGGGACGACAUGCAAUACAUAUGUGAAGAGAUCCCAGAGCUGUCCAGUCCCUCAGUGUGUAUGAGGGACCCUCCCAGGGUGGAGGAGAUCAUCAAGACCAUGCAGAAGGCUGGCACCAGCACAAUUCAGGUGAUUUCAGACUUUGACAUGACCCUCACACGGUUUGCCUACAAUGGGAAGCGGUGCCCUACCAGUCACAAUAUCCUGGACAACAGCAAGCUCAUCAGUGAGGAGUGCAAAGCUCAGCUGAAGGACCUGCUCAACACGUAUUACCCCAUAGAGAUAGAUUCCAAACGGACAGCGGAGGAGAAGCUGCCCCUCAUGGUGGAGUGGUGGACUAAAGCCCAUACUCUUCUGGUGCAGCAGCGCAUCAGGAAAGACAUGCUGCAGGAUGUGGUGAAGGAGUCCGAUGCUAUGCUCAGGGAGGGCUACCAGCUGUUCUUUGACCACCUGCAGGAGCACAGCAUCCCUCUGCUCAUCUUCUCUGCUGGGGUAGGAGACGUGCUGGAGGAGGUGAUCCGCCAGGCCGGGGUCUUUCACCCCAACGUCAAGGUCUUCUCCAACUACAUGGACUUUGAUGAGACUGGAGUGCUGAAGGCGUUCAAAGGGGAGCUGAUCCACAUCUAUAACAAGAGGGAGGGAGCUCUGCUGAACACGGGCCACUUCCAGGAGCUCAAGUCACGCCACAACGUCCUGCUGGUGGGAGACUCUCUGGGGGACCUGACCAUGGCUGAUGGGGUGCACAGCAUGGAGAACAUCCUCAAGAUCGGCUUCCUCAACGACAAGGUGGAGGAGAGGAAGACGUCCUACCUGAAUGCUUAUGACAUCGUGCUGGUGAAGGAUGAGACCAUGGAAGUGCUGAACGCCUUGCUGCUCCACCUCACCAGCACCAAGUGAACUGACCAUGAACUUCAUCUCACUGGCCAAUCACUAACGAGCGUUCCGACGCUACAGGAAGUAUGUCGUUCUGGUUUAGCAAGCUCUUGCUCAGGAAGUGCCAUGAGCCAAGUCAGAAUGGUAUUGUUUUUGGUUUGUCUUUUACUAAUGCUCCAAUGGCUGUUUGUGUGGGCCGCUGGGAUGGAUCUCAGACGGUGUUUUGGAGCCGUCCUUCCACGCUCCUCCAGUUGAGUCAUUGUUGAACACUUACAACUUGAGAGCAACAUCCUUUAUAGUCCUAAAAUUUGAUUUGAUUUACUCCACAACCCUACUGUCACAUUCUCAAUUGUUUACGAACCGUCAAUAGUCCAACUGAAAAGGGACAGGAAAACGAGGUGACUUCCCCAUCUGGUAAAUGUGUAUUGGGUUCGUGGGGAGAGAAACGUUACCGGUGAUAUGUAUGCCCUGUCUACAUAUGAGGAAUAUACAGUACCAGUCAAAAGUUUGGACCUACACAUUCAAGGGUUUUUCUUUAUUUUUACUAUUUUCUAGAUUUUAGAAUAAUAGUGAAGACAUCAAAACUAU